AUGAUUACCCUUCCCCAAUCUUUGCAAGUUCAGAUUGGAGAAGCUGUCAGUACUAUUGCCGAUAGCGACUUCCCUGACAAAUGGGAGAAUUUGGUUCCAGAAUUGGUUUCCAGACUCGGUAGUGAUAUCAAGACUAAUAACGGAGUCUUGGCUGUGGCUCAUUCAAUUUUCAAGAGAUGGAGACCCUUGUUCAGAUCUGAUGCAUUGUUUAAAGAAAUUGCUCUGGUUUUAAGUCAAUUUUCAGUACCAUUUUUGGCUGCUUUGAAAGAGACUGAUAGCUUAAUAGAACAGUCCAGCAAUGAUAAGAACAAACUUAAAGAUCUGUUUCAGUGUCUCCAUUUGCUUGUGAAAAUCUACUUUGAUUUAAACUGCCAAGAUAUUCCAGAGUUUUUUGAAGACAACUUGGAUACUUGUAUGAGCAUCUUCCAUAAAUAUUUGGUUUACAAGAAUCCAGUGUUGGAAACGGCUGAUGAUGAUGAGCCUAGUGUUGUUGAAUUUGUCAAAUCCAGUAUUUGCGAGGUACUGGAAUUAUACACUCAAAGAUAUUUAGAUGUGUUUGAGAGACUAUUAUCCAAUUUUGUUCAAACUACCUGGAACAUGUUGACAACCACUGGAAUAGAACCUAAAUUCGAUUUGUUAGUCAGCAAAGCAUUAGGAUUCUUGACUUCAGUGGCCAAAGUUCAACAGCAAGCUAAUAACAUUUUUGCUAGUGACGAAGUCUUGGAGCAAGUCGUCAAAAAUAUUGUGUUGCCAAAUCUGUCACUAAGAGCAACUGACGAGGAGCUGUUUGAAGAUGAUCCAAUUGAAUUCACCAGACGUGACCUUGACGGUUCUGAUAGUGAUACUCGUCGUCGAGCCGCAACCGAUUUAAUCCGAGAAUUGGCUGCUCAUCUUGAAGCCAAGGUCACAGAAGUUGCUAUGAAAUAUGUCAAUGGGUAUUUGGCCACUUAUAACUCGAAUAGAGUCGAAAACUGGAGAGCAAAAGAUGCUGCAACAUAUUUAUUUUCAGCAAUUGCUGCAAAGUCCAAUAUGACCAGUGCUGGUGUUUCUUCCACAAACCUUCUUCUUGACAUUGUUGGGUUCUUUGCAGAGAAUGUGGCUCCUGAUCUUGUGGCUGAGAGUAAUGUGCAUCCUAUUCUUAAAGUUGACGCUAUCAAAUAUAUCUAUACAUUCAGGAACCAGCUCACUAAGGAUCAGCUUAUAUCUGCGUUUCCCCUGUUGUCCAGUCUUCUUUCGUCGACUGAUUAUGUCGUCUACACGUAUGCAUCGGUUACAAUUGAGAGAAUUCUCUCUAUUCGAGAUACCACUGGAAGUAACAACAGCCUGAUGUUCCAAAAAGCCGAUAUUGCACCUGUUUCUCAAGAUCUGUUAACAAAUCUUUUCAGACUUAUUCGCCAGGGAUCAACCAGUCCUGAGAAACUAGCAGAGAAUGAGUUCCUUAUGAAAUGUAUUAUGAGGAUUCUCAUCACGUCUCAAGAAUCGACAGCGCCUUAUGCUGAGCAUCUCAUACACGAGUUGGUCGAUAUUACUGUGACAAUCUGCAAAAAUCCAUCAAAUCCCAAGUUUUCGCACUACACCUUUGAGGCCAUUGGUUCCAUUAUCCGGUUCGAUGGUGCCAUAGUUGGAGCUGACAAGCUUGAGAACAUCAUUCUUAAUCCGUUCUUGCAAAUUUUGGGCGGUGAUGUCACGGAGUUCAUUCCCUACGUAUUCCAGGUUCUUUCUCAGCUUCUCAAUACCCCAAGACCUAGCAAGGGCUUGCCAGAGGUCUAUCAACCUCUGGUACGACCCCUUAUGUCGCCAGCUCUAUGGGAAUCCCGUGGUAAUGUCCCUGCUCUGGUUGGACUUUUGGAGGCUAUAUUAACUCGUGGAAGUGAACUGAUCAUCGAAACGGGCUCUCUAGAGCCACUGUUAGGUGUGUUUCAGAAAUUAAUCGCUUCGAAAGCCUUAGAUGCAUUUGGAUUUGAUUUGCUUGAAAAGAUUUUUUUAUAUCUUCCAUUGACUGCAUUGGCCCCUUACAACAAUCAAAUUGCACUAAUCCUUCUGCGCCGUUUGGAGACUGGCAGAACCGACAAAUAUGUUUCUAGGCUUUCUAAUUUCAUUUACUUUUUGGCAGCUGUUGAAAACAAUCCAGGUCUGGGCCCCAUAUUCGCAGUUGAGUUUAUUGAUUCGGCACAAGCUGAAUUGUUUGGUCAGAUUCUUGAACGAUUCAUUUUGCCUUCUACCCUGCAAAUCAAUGGAUACUUUCCACGUAAGAUUGCUGCUAUUGGUCUCACUAAAAUAAUUAUGCAAAAUCCUAAAUUUAUCGAGGGCUCAUAUUCAAGCAAGUACUUAGUAUCACUUCAAACAUUAAUCAAACUCUUGAAAUCGGCAGUAGCCGAACCGCUGAAUGACUCUACAGCCCUGGAUUUAGAAUUAGAUCUUGACGAGAUCUCAUUUGGAGCCUCAUUUGCUAAGCUUGCUACAACCUCAGUUCAUCCAUACGAUCCCGCUCCUAGUAUCAAGAACCCGAGCGAGUUCUUUAUCUCUGAGCUUCGUCGAGUCGCUACCCAAUACCCUGGACCCGUGUAUCAAUUGAUUGGCCAGCUCCCUGAUGAUAGUAAGAAAUACUUGAAUCAGCUUGGUUUCACUUAA